AAGUGAGAUAUGGCUCUUGCCUCAGCACGAGCCAAUUAUCACUCAAAAUUAUGAACACUGCAGUAAAUCGAUCACCAACGAUAGCUCUAAAAAGUUCUCACCCAGUUCUCAAACACUUUCGAUGCCAUCCUGGGCAUACUGGCUCUCUUGCUAUGCACACUGUGUCUUCAAGACGAUUCUCCGUGGGCUUCAAACGGUUAUAUUGACUUACCCAACUGAUCACUCCAUUAAUUCCACUGGGGGUGUCAACCUUUGGCUUGCAACCGAAGAUACAUGUAGUUCAAGAAAAGUCGGAGAUUGGACGUCUCUAAUUGGUCAAAAAGAGAGGCAACCGAAGAUACAUGUACAGUGUAGUUCAAGAAAAGCCGGAGAUUGGACGUCUCUAAUUGGUCAAAAAGAGAGGCUCGGCAUUCUCCGUCAGAUUGGAUCGGCAAAACUCGGUUGUAUGGCUUACCUUCGGCUGCAUGGCCCAACCUUGAUUGAAUGGAAAAGAUGCUGUCCAAUUCCGCUGGCUGUGUACAAUGUUAAUCUCCAAACUCUGUCAAAAUGUUUUUAUAUACACCAACGUCCAAAUAUGACAGAGUUAGUUUACAAAAUGAAAAUACAUGAUCAAUAAUAUCAUGAGAACAUGUUAUGUUUAAUUUAAGGUUUAAAAUGCCUUUCACAACAACGUUAUCGAUGUUUUCGCAAUCAUUAUCUGACCUUUUUGAAUGAAUGAAUACAGUCCUUUGACUUUUAUUUUUCAGAUGUCGAGCUUUUAAAGCGUCUGCUCACUGAGUUGGAAAGAGGACUCGAAGAAGAAAAAGAAAGAGACGCAAUAGGUAAG